AUGGUCUCUGAUACACCCUCUGAACGGUCUCUUCUUAAAGAUGGAGUGGAAAGAGGAGCCAGGCAGCUUCCUCAGGUAGGGAAAGAGCAACGGGAGCAGGGAGGAGGGAAGAGGCACAGAUGGGACCACCCAGCCUCCCUCUGUGUUGAGUGGGGAUGAUGGGGAUCUAAGAGCAGCUCUGUCUUCUUCCUCUUCUUCUUCCAGGCCCUCUUGACCUUUGAGGAGGUGGCUGUGUUUUUCACGGAGGAGGAAUGGGCUCUGCUGGAUCCUGGCCAAAGAGCUCUGCACAAGGAAGUCAUGGAGGAGAAUUAUGAGAUGGUGGCCUCUCUAGGUAAGGGCAGAUUUUUAUCUCUCUUGGCUGUUAGACGUUGGAGGUGUGAAUCUGCUGUUUGAGCCAUUUAUUCAUGCUGUGUCUUUGGUACUUUGGUGACCCCUCGUAGCCGAGUAAGAUUGUCAUCCAUGAACACGGUCUUAAUGGUGUGUCCGUAAGGGACUGUGGAGUCCAAUUCUGGAUCCACACAUCCUUCCACAGUAGGGACAUAGGUUUCCAGGCAGGAGUUAAUUACAGUGAGGGUUUGCCAAAUGUACUUUCCUCUUAGUUUGUUUGUCCCUUUCGUCCGGAGUUUGUGUUUCUUCAAAGUCCAUUACACCUUUGGUAAAGGAUAUUCUCCAACUGGAGCACUCACAGGCCAGUGUUUCCCAAUUUUCUGUGCUUAUACUGCAUUUCUUUAGAUUUGGCUUGAGAGCAUCUUUAAACCUCUUUCAUUGUCCUUCGGUAUUUCUCUUUCCAUUCUUAAAUUGGGAAUAGAGUAAUUGCUUUGGAAGAUGAUAAUCAGGCAUCCGAACAACAUGACCAGCCCACCAAAGUUGAUGUUGAAGAUUGUAGUUUAUAGCAAUGCUGUACUUUUGUCAGUAGACAACUGUUCAUAAACUGAUAUUGUGGUAUGAAUUCCCCCCCAAAACCUAUGUAGAAUCUACAAGGAGAGUCACAGGCUUGGGCCUUCCUGGUCCGUGUUAUUUAUUAGCUUUUAAUGGGCCACCAAAUACUUUGCUGUCUUUGUUUCACAAGAUUAAUAUUUUUGAAUAUUUUUACAGCCACAUAUGACAUAAACAUAUUAAAUAAACAACAUUUCUGCUUUACUUAUUCCACAUAGCAGAGACUCUGAUACUCAAGUCUGAGCUCAUCUCCUCGCUUGGAACAGAAAAUUACAGGGAUGUUGUCCUGGACCAAUUGAGUGGUACAUACCUCCACUUUGCUGUGAGGCUGUGCCUUGUGUGUCUCCUUUCAGUGUGUACAAAUAUAAAAAGAGCCCUUUUGGAUCAGAACGAGGGCCCAUCUUCUCCAGCACCCUGGUGCAGGUUUAGGUGAUGUGAACAGUUUCCUGGAAUGUAUCAGCCAGAUAUUACAGAUCAGGGAGGAAGGAGAAAACUGAAUACAGAGGCGUAGCAUUUUCACAGGAGGGGUAAGAUGGAGAAAGUGUGUCCCUCCAGAGGUUGCUGCACUACAACUCCCAUCAGCCCUGGUCAUUGGACUUUUUUAGUUGGGCUGAUGGUACUUAGAGUCCAACCACAUCUGCAGGGCCAUAGAUGCCUCACCUCAGCAUAGAAGAUAUCUCCUGGUGCUCAGUGUUACAUGCGAGUUGAAGGUAGAACUGGAUACUAAGGGUUCUGGAGAUUAUUUUCAGAUUUCCUUUCCUUUCCCAAAAAUUUGGUUCAUAGGAGAGGGAGGAAGGCUGGAGGUGUUAAAAUAAGAGAAAGUGCUGAUUGGUCUUGCUGUAUCUUAAGUUCUCUUGUUGUUUUUCUUGAAUACUUAACAGUAUCGCUCCCCCCCCUUUAAACCAGGUGAUGGAGAAGGCAAUCAGAAUUUUGAGGGGCCAUCUGUAAAGUACUUCAGCGUGAGUGAACACCUUAGCACACAACUACAAACGAACGCAGGGGAGAAACCCUUUAAAUUUAUGGAGUGUGGGAAGGGUUUCAUUGAGAGUGGAGCUCUUACAAGACAUCAACGAACUCACACAGGGGAGAACCCAUUUCAAUGUAUGGACUGUAGGAAGAGCUUCAGGGAUAUGGGAAAACUUACAAGACAUCAACGAACUCACAAAGGCGAGAAACCAUUUAAAUGUAUGGAGUGUGGGAAGGGUUUCCUUGGCAGUGGAGCUCUUAGAGUACAUCAACGAAUUCACACCGGGGAGAAACCAUUUAAAUGUAUAGAGUGUGGGAAGGGUUUCAUUGAGAGAGGAGCUCUUACAAAACAUCAACGAACUCACACAGGCGAGAAACCAUUUAAAUGUAUAGAGUGUGGGAAGGGUUUCUUUGAGAGAGGAGAUCUUACAAAACAUCAACGAACUCACACAGGCGAGAAACCAUUUAAAUGUUUGGAAUGUGGGAAGAGCUUCUGUCAGACUGGAAAUCUUGCAACACAUCUGCGAACUCACACAGGCGAGAAACCAUUUAAAUGUAUGGAGUGCGGAAGGAGUUUCAGUCUGAAUGGAAAUCUUACUAUACAUCAACAAACUCACACAGGCGAGAAACCAUUUAAAUGUAUGGAGUGUGGGAAGGGUUUCAGUCAGUGUUCACAACUUACUAUACAUCGAAGAACUCACACAGGGGAGAAACCAUUUAAAUGUAUGGAGUGUGGGAAGGGUUUCAUUGAGAGAGGAGCUCUUACAAAACAUCAACAAACUCACACAGGCGAGAAACCAUUUAAAUGUAUGGAGUGUGGGAAGGGUUUCAUUGAGAGAGGAGCUCUUACAAAACAUCAACAAACUCACACAGGCGAGAAACCAUUUAAAUGUAUAGAGUGUGGGAAGGGUUUCAUUGAGAGAGGAGCUCUUACAAAACAUCAACGAACUCACACAGGCGAGAAACCAUUUAAAUGUAUAGAGUGUGGGAAGGGUUUCAUUGAGAGAGGAGAUCUUACAAAACAUCAACGAACUCACACAGGCGAGAAACCAUUUAAAUGUAUGGAGUGUGGGAAGGGUUUCAGUCAGUGUUCACAACUUACUAUACAUCGAAGAACUCACACAGGGGAGAAACCAUAUAAAUGUUUGGAGUGUGGGAAGGGUUUCAGUCAAGGGGGGAGACUCAAUGUGCACCGACAAAGUCACGCUGGGGAGAAACCAUUUAAAUGUAUGGAGUGUGGGAAGGGUUUCCGUGAAGGUGGAAAACUUACAAGACAUCACCAAACUCACACAGGGGAGAAACCAUUUAAAUGUAUAGAGUGUGGGAAGGGUUUCAUUGAGAGAGGAGCUCUUACAAAACAUCAACGAACUCACACAGGCGAGAAACCAUUUAAAUGUAUAGAGUGUGGGAAGGGUUUCAUUGAGAGAGGAGCUCUUACAAAACAUCAACGAACUCACACAGGUGAGAAACCAUUUAAAUGUAUAGAGUGUGGGAAGGGUUUCAUUGAUAGAGGAGCUCUUACAAAACAUCAACAAACUCACACAGGCGAGAAACCAUUUAAAUGUAUGGAGUGCGGAAGGAGUUUCAGUCAGAAUGGAAACCUUACUAUACAUCAACGAACUCACACAGGCGAGAAACCAUUUAAAUGCUUGGAAUGUGGGAAGAGCUUCAGUCAGAAUGGAGCUCUUACAACACAUAUACAAACUCACACAGGUGAGAAACCAUUUAAAUGUAUAGAGUGUGGGAAGGGUUUCAUUGGCAGUGGAGCUCUUAGAGUACAUCAACGAACUCACACAGGUGAGAAACCAUUUAAAUGUAUAGAGUGUGGGAAGGGUUUCAUUGAGAGAGGAGCUCUUACAAAACAUCAACGAACUCACACAGGCGAGAAACCAUUUAAAUGUUUGGAAUGUGGGAAGAGCUGUCGGACUGGAGCUCUUGCAACACAUCUACAAACUCACAAAGGCGAGAAACCAUUUAAAUGUAUGGAGUGCGGAAGGAGUUUCAGUCAGAAUGGAAACCUUACUAUACAUCAACGAACUCACACAGGCGAGAAACCAUUUAAAUGCUUGGAAUGUGGGAAGAGAUUCAGUCAGAAUGGAGCCCUUACAAGACAUCUACGAACUCACACGGGAGAAACCAUUUAA